AUGGCCAAGGCCCCAAAUCAUGGAGCCCACCAAGUUGACUCCCACCUCCCGGGCGCCGUCGCCGCCCACUUCCACCACAGCCCGAGCGAAGAGGACAGAGGCCUCCUCGCUGACGACCCCCUCUCUCCGCACCACCAUGAAUCUCACGGCGCCGGCGUAACCACCACCGCCAACACCGGUGACGAGGGGUACUUUGUAACAGCAAAGCAGUACGCCACGUCCCUCCGAUCUCCCGGCACCCCCCGGACCCCGAACCGCGUCCGCUUCAACCCCAUCCCCUCCAUCGUCGAGCCCCCGCCCCCCCGCGCCUCAAUGACCAACAGCAACGGCGGCUCCUCCGCCCGCGCCAGCCGCGACAGCUUCGACGUCGACGAUGACCUCUUCCACCACGCCCCCGGCGCCGACGACCACGACGACCACCACCGCCUGCCCCUCCUCACAGACAUCGAGGCCCCUUCCGUCGCCCUCGCCAACAGUCCCUGGGGCGAGGAUGCCGACGACGUACACGAAUGGGCCGAGCAGGAGCGCGCAAGGCCCAAGUCUGGCCUCAAGAUGGCCUUCAUGAACAUGGCCAACUCCAUCAUUGGCGCCGGCAUCAUCGGCCAGCCCUACGCCUUCAAGCAGGCCGGCUUACUGGCCGGACUCGUCCUCCUUGUCGGCCUCACCGUCGUCGUGGACUGGACCAUCUGCCUCAUCGUCAUCAAUAGCAAGCUGUCGGGGAGCAACAGCUUUCAGGGGACGGUCGAGCACUGCUUUGGCAAGACGGGGCUCAUCGCCAUCUCGGUCGCGCAGUGGGCAUUUGCCUUUGGCGGCAUGGUCGCCUUUGGCGUCAUUGUCGGCGACUCAAUACCCCACGUCUUCACGGCCAUCUGGCCCGACAUACGCGAAAUGCCCGUGUUCCACCUCUUGGCGAACCGGCAGGUGGUCAUUGUAAUCUUCAUCUUGGGAAUCAGCUACCCGUUGACCCUGUACCGUGAUAUUGCAAAGCUGGCCAAGGCAAGCACAUUAGCUCUCAUAAGCAUGGGUGUCAUCGUAGCGACUGUCAUUAUCCAGGGAGCUCUCACUCCCAAGGCUGACCGGGGUUCCUUCACACCCGCCCUUCUGACCGUAAACACUGGCAUAUUUGAAGCCAUUGGCGUGAUAUCCUUCGCAUUCGUAUGCCACCACAACUCCCUCCUCAUCUACGGCUCCCUCAAAACCCCCACAAUAGACCGCUUCUCCCGCGUGACGCACUACUCGACCGGCAUCUCCAUGGUCGCCUGCCUCCUCGUCGCCCUCGCCGGCUUCGUCACCUUCGGCGACAAGACGCUCGGCAACGUCCUCAACAACUUCCCCUCGGACAACGUCAUGGUCACCAUCGCACGCCUCUGCUUCGGCCUCAACAUGCUCACCACUUUACCCCUCGAGGCUUUCGUCUGCCGCGAGGUCAUGUUCAACUACUUCUUCCCCGGCGAGCCCUUCAACAUGCACCUCCACCUCAUCUUCAGCUCCGCCCUCGUCGUCUCCGCCAUGGUCAUGAGCCUGCUCACCUGCGACGUCGGCGCCGUCUUCGAGCUGGUGGGCGCCACGUCCGCCUGCGCCAUUGCGUAUAUCCUCCCCCCGCUCUGCUACAUCAAGCUCACCACCCGCUCGUGGAAGACGUACGUCGCCGCCGCUAUUAUUGUGUUUGGCACCGUUGUCAUGGUGAUUAGUCUCAUACAGGCGGUCGCCAAGAUGAUUAGCAGUGACGGCGGACCUGCAAAGUGCAUGUAA